AUGUCAAGUGCAGCACAUGACCCGCGAUUGCUGUACAGCGUCAACAACAUCCGCGCGUUCCAUAUUCAAGAUGGCGAAGAGCAAGAUCUCACGGCGUCCGGCGCUCAAACCCUCUCACUGUUAAUGGUCCCCACCAACACCGCCACCGCUGGGCCAGGUACAGAUUCGGCCGAUGAUUCGACCGAAGAGGAUUUCUACCUUCACCUAUGCCUAGCACCUGAGCUGGAUCUUGCGAUCCCGGCGACUACUCAAAUAUUCCACCAACCUCCCGACAGCUAUCUCAUACCCCGCUGGGAUAUGGGACCCGAGGCCGGCGCUUUCAUUCGCAUCCAGUUCCCAAGCAUCGGACCAGGCCCCACAAAUGUGUCACAGGACGACAUCGAUACCUUCGAAUCGAUUCUUGCGCAGUGCACCGCUUUCCUGGAGCGCGCUCCUGCCUCAAAGGGUCGGGACUUUGUCUAUAAUCCGGCUGAUUAUGCACCCGGCGAGGGCUACGUUGGUUCUUCAGAUGAUAAGAAAAGCGGGCAUGGAAGGAUUGUUUUAGUGGACGAGGAAGAUGGAAGUGUCGUCGGAGAGCUCGGCGAUGGCUAUGACUUGGUGGAGGAUUCUGACGUGAAGCCUGGCUCAAAGAGACCCGUGGGAAUUGAACUCCCCGUGGAAGGCAAAGGUAACCGCGUCAGUGUCAGCAAUCUCUCUGAAGAAUACCUAGCGAUGGCCCGACACCCGGCUUAUAAAAACUCCACGAUUGUUCAGAGUUCAGCAACGGCAUCCCGUUUGAUCGUGACUGGAUCAUCGUAUCUAGCCAGUGCGAUUGCCAGCGGCGCAGAAAACUUCCAAAAGAAAACAAGGCCCAACCAAGAGCCCCUUAAAUUCUCUGACGCGACCCAUGCACGCAUUCGCAAGGUCGGAAGCCUCUCUAAUGGAGCAGCUGACAUUUCUGCGCGCACAGUCGGCCAAGUCGGCAAGAUUGCACAGAAUAUCGGAGCAUCACUCGCGCGCAAGCAAGAAAGCCAGAAAGGUUUCGACAAGCGAAACCCACCACCAGAGUACAAACCGGGCGUGCUGAACAAAUCAAUGAUCGCAUUUUCAACUAUAGCUGAUGGCAUCGAGCAGAGCGCUCGGAACAUGCUGUUCUCGAGUGCGAACGCAGCCAGCUCCAUGAUCGAGCACCGCUACGGCAACGAAGCAGGCAAUGUCGCGACCAAUCUGACAGGAGGCAUCAAGAACGUCGGAUUGGUGUACAUUGAUGCCACGGGCGUCAGUCGCCGCGCGCUUCUCAAAUCCGUCGCCAAGGGUAUGGUGGUUGGAAAAAUGCGCGACGGCAAGCAGGUUGUUGUUGGCGGUGGUGAUGGCGGUCAGAUUCCAGCUGGCGCCGUGGACGACGCCUCGGGCCCGUCAGGCCUAGGGGCGCGGGACCCUGUUGCUCGUAGUGCGUCAUCUGGCUCCACACCGCCUCCUGUAUAUGGUGCAUUGUCCCCGCCAGGGGGUAAGCGGUAA